AUGGGUCUCAAGCAAGGGCAUGCAUGUAAGGGUCAAGAGUUUAAAGUCUUGUGUAGUGCAGGUUGCCUCCUCCGGUCCUCCUCCGGCCCCGCGUUAUACUGUGAACACUCCUCACGAGGAAGUCGUGCUGGAGCAGCUGAAGCACAAAACAAUGAUCCCGAUAAUGCGGCUUUUGACGUCGGCCGGAAUGCCCUCACUGCUGCUCUUAGUGCUGCAAAGCUAGCCGCUGUUGGUCGUCUUGUUUCUGCUGCUGGUAGCGCUGCCUCUGUUGUUGCCGCCCUUGUGCCUCUGCUUGACGCUUCCGCUGAGCCUCCCGACCGGUGCCCCCCAUGUCUGCCAUCAGUAGAGCGCCUUUUUCGCUGGCGAAGGGGAGACAGCUUCGAUCUGUCUAUUUGUCUUGCUUCCUGUCUUUUGGGGGCCGGAUUUGACGCGUACUGCGUGGUCGGCACUGCACCAAGAACAAUUGCUACGAAUGAUCAGACCGACAGCGACUGUCCCUUCCCGCGCUUUUCCGAAGAGCCGUCCGAGCAGGCGGGGACUUCACAAGGAGCCUGUGUCGAGGCAACACCUGAGCAAGCACAGCCAGCAGGAGGUGUCCAUAUAGAAAUACCAAAGCCCUUGAGGUUCGAAGAGUUAGAGCAGCUCGCAGAGGAACGCAAGCAAAAGAGAAAAGCCAAAGAAGCCGCAUUCUUGGCGCCCUUUACUUCAGAACAGGGGGACUCCGAAAUACAGAAAGACCCCUUCGAGGGCUGCAGAGUUCACUGCUGGGUACUCGUUCGCGCCGGUGCUCGCGGAGUCGCUUCUGACGUCUUCAUCAACCCGUCUAGCGGCAGGAUUUACGAGCGAACAAACAGCCCAUUUUUCACCGUCCACUUUUUGUGGAAUGCAGAAAACUUUUGGGUUAACAUGAGGCCCAAACUGAAGGCGCAAGAUGUGGUUUUCUCUCUCUCCAACAGGCGAUUCUUUGAAUGCGCUCUCUGCAUGCCCCAGCAACCUGAGGACAGCGAUGGACCACUCACGGAUGCCAAGGCAGAUAGAAACAAGGGACACCUCAACGUACGGGCAAGAAUUGAUAUCUGGAAUAUGGCGCUUCGACUUGCGAGACAGCUAUAUGACAGAUUGCGAGUGGCUUUCCAAUCUACUGCCGAACAGCUCAGAUUCCACUGCAUAAGGAUCAGAUCUUAUGUAUUAGGGUUUAUGUUGAAGGCCCUGUUAGCCCCUAGAGCUUGGGGGCUCGCCGUCCGCUUGUCACCGAGUGAUAUGCAAAAUCGCUACUUUGGAGGGCAGAAAACAAUCUUCUACAAAAAUGCAAAGCUUCAGGAGUUCCCGCCAUACUCCCAAGCUGAUGGUCUUGUGCGUAGCGUAACCUUCUACGCAGACCCUCGACGAAAAUUCCCAGAUGAAAUACGCUUCCAGUUCAAAAACAGGCGAGAUGGGCUGGAGGAACGCAUUUUCUGGCCAAUGGCACGCCGCCAAGUGGAGCGCUACCGGCCAGGCAAUCCGCAUGCUUUGCGAGAAGUUGUAACGGUCCACGGCGAAAGCAGAGAGCUUUGCUUCUACAAGUCAAGACUGGACGGCCUCGUGAAGCAUUUGGAGUGCUUUGGAACAAAAAUUUCCGAGGAGUUUGAGGGGAGGGAUGAUGGGCUGAUAGCGCAUGCAGUGAAGUUCAGAGAAGGCAUGGAGGCAGAGGAGCAAAGCGAAACUCUCAAGAUCCGGUCUCUCCUGCAAUAUGACGGAGAAGCUGUCCCCUUUUGCGGAGCCUGUGGAUGCCCUCCUCCAACAGAGACAGAGAGGCAACAGGAAGAGGCAAUGCACUUUUCGAGGAAAGCUGAGGAACAGAAGCUGCUCGGCAAGAAGCUGUGGGUCCUGCGUCACGACGAGGAUUGUACUGGUGCUACGAGAGUGGACAAGGCAGUGGGGGGGGAUAAUUCCAUCCUCCUUAAUACCUUGAGUUCUGCUUUUUCUGGCCCUGAUGAUGCUGCCGGGACUGCCGGAGGGGACGCAGCAGAGUCAUUAACUGCAGCUAAAACAGCAACAAGGGAUUCUGAACAGCCAACCAAUCAGAUGGAGAAUAAGGGAGGAGAACAUAAAUACCCCUUUUGCCCGCAUGGGACGCUUGAGGUUUCCUUAUCGGAUGCUGCCGUAUACAUCGCCUACGAAACUGCUCCUCCACAGCCGAAAGAGCAGGAGGAAGAAGCCAAGCCAAGCGAAUAUUGCAAACAGAUUGACUUCCUGGCCCCUUAUAUGACUGCCUACGAAGGUAGAGAAAUAAACUGUGCAAAGGCAGAGGAAAUCGCCAAGAGAGCAAAGAAUGACCUUAGAUUGCGAUUGAUGGGGAAGGCUGCAGCAAUUCAGCAGCAAUUGGAAGAGAAGCAAGAACAACUAAAACGUAUAAAGGCGCUGCAAAAGCUUAACGAUCUCGAGUGUGCCAUUCUCAAAGAUCCGCGUUUGAAGGCCAUGUGGGUCCUCCCCACUUGA